GCUUUAGUCACAAUUAAGUCUAGUAAGUACAUGGUCUAAUCCUUAGUCCUGUAAGCUACCUUUUACCCUUUAUACCUUCUUUUGAUUAGAAUCUUUGUACUUGUAAUUGCACAUGUCUAAGUUUGGGUAUUAUUUGUCUCAAGCAAUCUUAAUCUCUAACAUAUUGGCCAGGUUAAACAUCAAUUUUAUUUUCUCCCUGUUCAAGAGAUAUCUGCUUUGCAGGAAGCAAUUGAGAUGAUGGUGGCUUGUGCUGCAAUGGCUGUAGCAAAAGAGAAUGAAUCAAAGGAAGAAGAAGCUCAGUCAUCCGAAGGAAAAUGGGCUAAAUGGAAGCGUCGUGGCAUCAUUGGUGCGGCUGCAUUGACUGGAGGAACUUUGAUGGCCAUUACUGGUGGAUUGGCUGCUCCAGCAAUCGCUGCCGGAUUUGGUGCUCUAGCCCCAACAUUGGGCACUUUAAUCCCUGUUAUUGGAGCAAGUGGAUUUGCUGCAGCUGCAAGUGCUGCUGGAACAGUUGCAGGUUCUGUUGCUGUUGCUGCAUCAUUUGGAGCUGCUGGAGCUGGACUUACAGGUAUGAAAACGGCUAGAAGGAUUGGAAGUGUUGAUGAAUUUGAAUUCAAAGAACUUGGAGAAAGCCAUAACCAAGGCAGGCUAGCAGUGGAGAUCUUUGUCUCUGGAUUUGUUUUUAAUGAAGAAGAUUUUCGAAAGCCCUGGGAAGGACGAGUUGACAACAUGGAACGGUAUGCGCUGCAGUGGGAGUCCCAGAAUCUAAUUGCAGUGAGCACAGCAAUUCAGGAUUGGCUAACUUCAAGACUUGCACUGGAGUUAAUGAGGCAAGGUGCUAUGUUGACUGUAUUAAGCACACUCUUAGCAGCAUUGGCUUGGCCUGCAACAUUACUAACUGCGACUGAUCUUAUCGACAGCAAAUGGGCAAUUGCUAUUAACAGGUCAGAUAAAGCAGGGAAGCUGCUGGCUGAAGUGUUAGUGAAAGAAUUGCAGGGUAACAGACCUGUGACUCUUAUUGGUUAUUCGCUGGGGGCGCGAGUGAUUUUCAAGUGUCUGCAAAUUUUGUCCAAGACAGAACACCAUGCUGAACUUGUAGAAAGAGUUGUUCUUCUUGGAGCACCCAUCUCAAUCAAAGAUGAGAAUUGGGAAGCAGCAAGAAAGAUGGUGGCUGGAAGGUUUGUAAAUGCGUACUCUACUCAUGAUUGGAUGCUUGGAGUUGCUUUCCGAGCAAGUCUCCUCACGCAAGGAUUAGCUGGAAUCCAACCAAUUGAUGUGCCCGGGAUUGAGAAUGUAGAUGUAACACAUCUUGUUGAAGGCCACUCUUCCUAUCUGUGGGCUACGCAGCAGAUACUAGAGCAGCUUGAGCUGGAUGCUUACUAUCCUGUUUUCAGGAGCACUGUCUACAACCAAUAGAAUUCUCAGUUUCAAGUUCCACAUCUGCUGCUUGCAGCAUUUAACCUCUUAAUUCAAGAUCAGACAUGUUAAUGAUACUCAAUUGUCGGCAUCUUUGUAAUCUCUCGGAGAGGAUGAAUUGUGUACAAAAAUAUGUAAUAUUCCAGUUCUAACAACUGCUUAUUUACCCAAGCACGGAUCAUCAACGAUCCUCAACACAACUACAUUGAUCAAUUUCUUUAAUUGUAUCAUUUAUAAUCGAAAUUAAUUGUUGAUUUAAGA